AUGGGUGACAGUAAUGAAAAUCAUGAUGAUUUGGUUGAACUCUCAUGUGAGCAGACAACUUUGCUUGAACGUUAUCAGGAGAUAACGAAUGAAGCGAAUAAACGUAAGGCUAUCGAAAUGAUGCAGUCUGUGGAUUGGGAUUUGCAACAGGCAAUCGACAAAAGCUUUGCGGGUGAUGCACAAUAUAGUGACACCGUUUCGAGCAAUACGCUUACAGCUCGCAGUACUUCAUUUGCUCAUGAUGAUGAUGGCCAGAGGGACGAAAUGGAUGAGGAUUUAUGGUUUGAUGGUGCGUCUGAAAUUCAUAAUGGUACUAGUGCAAUUGAUACACCAGUGAAUGAUUGGGGAAUAUUUAAAGGAUCAGCUGAGUGGGCUGGCACAAGUACGUCGUCAGCAAAUAAUUCGAACAAGACGUUGGGAACUUCGAAUUUACGUUCGAAAAGCGGACGUAAUGCACUGUCAGUGAUUAGUGGGACAGGAACCGGUGAGGAAGUGUCGGGAUUGGAACGUGAUUCAGAUUCGGAUGGCUUCGAUGGUCAUAUGGAAGUUGAGGAGGAUGCUGAUGAUUUGCAGAAUGCAAACGGAAAGGUAGAAGAGCGUGCGCCAUUAGUACCAUCUGAAUUCACAAGUAUCGAAGAGGCUAUGAACAAUUUCACGGUGGUAUUUGAAGCGCGUUAUGGUUAUAAUCAUCCACCGUUUUUUGCUGGCUCAUUACGUGAUGCAUUGCGUGAAGCGUUCGAAGCACCUGGUCGUCCUGUUUCUGAGCGCCGUCCUUUGGUCAUGUAUUUACAUAAUGAUAAUGCUGUUGCGAGCAAUAUUUUCGCCAAAAAUGUGUUAUGUUCUGAUAACGUAGCAUCGUUACUGAAUGGGCAGUUCAUAACGUGGGGUUGGGAUAUGACUCAAGAAGCGAAUAAACUAAUGAUGCUGAGAUGGCUAGAAUGGAAUGAUAUACGUGAUAUGAAUAGAAUAUUGCGCAAAACGUCAAGUGAACAGUAUCCGUUGGUUUUGAUAGUAACAAAGGAGUCUGGUGUGUUUCAACUGUUCGAAUAUUGUUGUGGCUUCGAUCGCCCUGAAGAUCUUAUGCAGAAAUUGAUACGUGGUUUAGAUUCUUAUCAGCGCGUAAAAGACGUCGAAGAGGGAGAAGAAAAGCAAAGACAGGAGAGGGAGAUGAUUCGUCAGGAGCAGAAAAGAGAAUACGAAGAAUCACUGGCUCGUGACCGUGCCAAUCAAGAGAAAUUGGAACGACAGAAACAAGUGCAAGAAAAAGAGGAGGCACAACGUCAAUUGGCAGAGGAGCAGAAAGCUGAUCGUAUGAAGAAGUUAGCGUCUUCGUUACCGAGUGAGCCGACAGCGAACGAUGCUAACAUUGUUAUGGUACGUAUGCGUUUUCCUGAUGGGCUUGCUGAAAUUAGAAGAUUUCGUAGAGAUGAGCCAUUAAAUAAUCUAGCAAUUUUUAUCGAAUCGAAGGGUUACGAUAUGAAGGAUUAUCGGAUAUGGAAUUCAGAUGUGCCAAAGAAAGAUUUGGUAACUUUAUGA